UCUGGUCGCAGCAGAACAUGAGCUCCAAUCUCCGCAACCAAAUAAUGAACAAUACAGAUGGUUUUCACACGGUUUCCCGUCUGAUCCUGACUGACGCUGUUGUUGUUUAGGGAAGACCUGUCACGUUAACCGGUUUUGAUUUAUAUAUAUAAAUAUAUAUUUUAUUUAUUUUAUUUUAUUUUUUUUGGAUGCGCCAUGCAAUCUCGCUGGUGGAGUUGUGGGAUUCGGCCGGUGGCAUGGACGUGGACUUGGAGUCUGGCAGUGAUCGGAGCGUGGUGCAUCCCCGCAAAUGAAGUGAACCUGCUGGAUUCUCGCUCUGUGAUGGGAGACCUUGGAUGGGUGGCUUAUCCAAAGAAUGGGUGGGAAGAGAUUGGAGAAGUGGACGAAGACUAUGCCCCCAUCCACACCUACCAAGUGUGUCGAGUGAUGGAGCAGAACCAGAACAACUGGCUCCACACUAACUGGAUCCUGACUGAGGGUGCCCAGCGAGUAUACAUUGAACUCAAGUUCACACUUAGAGACUGCAACAGCCUGCCUGGCGGAGUCGGGACCUGCAAGGAGACGUUUAACAUGUACUACUAUGAAACAGACGGUGAUGAGGACGACAUAGAGGAUGGAAAGAUGAAGGAUGGAGUUAGCAUAACAGAAGAGGAAGACAGGGCAAUGAAAGAGAGCAGAUACAUCAAAAUUGACACCAUUGCAGCUGACGAGAGCUUUACCGAGCUGGACCUGGGGGACCGCGUCAUGAAGCUCAACACUGAAGUCCGUGAUUUAGGUCCUUUGACCCGGAAAGGUUUCUACUUAGCCUUUCAGGAUUUGGGGGCCUGCAUUGCUUUAGUAUCAGUGCGGGUAUUUUACAAACGUUGCCCAUUCUUGGUGAAGAGUCUGGCGGAAUUUCCUGACACCAUCCCGGCCUCGGAGGCAUCGCAGCUGGUUGAGGUGGUUGGCCACUGCGUCAAUAACUCAGUGCCCUUGUAUGAGCCACCACGGAUGCACUGCAGCACCGAAGGCGAAUGGCUGGUGCCCAUUGGGAAGUGUGUUUGCAAACCAGGGUUUGAGGAAAUCAGCGGAACUUGCCAAGUGUGCAAAAUGGGGUUUUACCGCUCGCAGCUUGAGUCUUCGGCCUGCAGUAAAUGUCCACCCCACAGUGUGGCCAGGCAGAUGGGUGCCAUAACUUGUAGCUGUGAAGAUGAAUACUAUAAGAUCAACUCUGACCAUGCUAAUAUGGCCUGCACACGCCCUCCCUCUGCACCACGGAAUGCAAUUUCCAAUGUCAAUGAAACCAGUGUCUUUUUGGAGUGGUCCAUUCCAAUGGAGACGGGGGGCAGAAAAGAUGUCCGCUACAACGUUCUGUGCAGACGUGUUUUACCAGACGGCAGAGGAUUGGAGGAGUGCGGCGCCAACGUGCGAUUUCUGCCACGCAGACUUGGCCUCUCUAACACCUCAGUGAUGGUGGCUGACCUGCAGUCACACACCAAUUACAGCUUCCUGUUGGAGGCUAUUAAUGGUGUGUCAGAGCUUGCCAAAGACCAUGCAAAGCAGUAUGUGACACUUAAUGUGACGACCAAUCAGGCAGCACCCUCCCCAGUUAGUGUAGUGAGGAAAGGCCAUACAGGGAAGAGUAGCAUCGCCCUUUCUUGGGCAGAGCCUGAUCGGCCAAAUGGCAUCAUCCUCGAGUACGAGAUCAAAUAUUUUGAAAAGGAUCAAGACUCCAGUUAUACAAUAAUAAAAUCUAAAGAAACAGAGAUGGUGGUGGAAGGCCUGAAACCUUCUUCCGUCUACAUAUUCCAGGUACGAGCCAGGACCUCAGCAGGUUAUGGUGCAUUUAGCCGGCGUUUUGAAUUCCAGACGAGCCCUUACUUAACUGCCACCAGCGAGCGUGCUCAGGCUUCAAUAAUAGCGGUUGCCGUCACAUUGGCUCUGGUUCUGCUGGCGGUGGUUGCUGGAUUCCUGCUCAGUGGACGGCGUUGUGGCUACAGCAAAGCAAAGCAGGAUCCUGAAGAGGAAAAGAUGCACUUUCACAAUGGUCACAUAAAGUUCCCUGGGGUCCGUACUUACAUUGACCCCCUUACUUAUGAGGAUCCCAACCAGGCUGUACAUGAAUUUGCACAGGAGAUUGACGUCUCAUGCAUCUCUAUUGACAGGAUCAUCGGUGCUGGGGAGUUUGGCGAGGUGUGCAGCGGACCCCUGAGACUGCCUGGCAAAAGAGAGAUCCAGGUUGCCAUUAAGACCUUGAAAGCAGGCUACACAGAGCAGCAGAGACGCGACUUCCUGUGGGAGGCGUCGAUCAUGGGCCAGUUUAACCAUCCAAACAUCAUCCGCCUGGAGGGGGUCAUCACCAAGAGCAAGCCUGUGAUGAUCAUCACUGAAUACAUGGAGAACGGAUCACUAGACACCUUCCUAAAGAAAAAUGAUGGUCAGUUUACGGUUAUCCAGCUGGUUGGUAUGCUGCGGGGCAUCGCAUCUGGCAUGAGAUACCUGUCAGACAUGGGUUAUGUUCAUCGUGAUCUGGCAGCGCGUAAUAUCCUUGUCAAUAGCAACCUUGUGUGUAAAGUGUCUGAUUUUGGUUUGUCUCGAGUUCUGGAAGAUGAUCCAGAGGCAGCAUACACCACACGGGGCGGGAAGAUUCCUAUUCGCUGGACAGCCCCUGAGGCAAUUGCAUAUAGGAAGUUCACCUCCGCUAGCGAUGUGUGGAGUUAUGGGAUUGUCAUGUGGGAGGUUAUGUCAUACGGAGAGAGGCCCUACUGGGAUAUGUCCAAUCAAGACGUUAUAAAAGCAGUAGAAGAGAGCUACAGGUUGCCUGGCCCAAUGGACUGCCCCGAGGCCCUGUACCACCUGAUGAUGGACUGCUGGCAGCGGGAACGCAGCAGUCGACCUAAGUUUGAUGAGAUCGUUUGUCUACUUGACAAGUUUAUUCGCAACCCCAGUUCAUUAAAAAAGUUGGUCAACUCCUCACACAGGGUUUCCAACUUGUUAGUGGAGCAUGCCAGUAUAGAGGGAGACUGCAUCAAUCGAGGCAAGACUGUCGGAGAAUGGCUCGACUCCAUCAAGAUGGGUCGGUACACUGAGCUCUUCAUGGAGGGAGGCUACUCUUCGCUUGAAACAGUUGCUCAAAUGACAUCAGAGGAUCUUCGAAGAGUAGGAGUGAACCUUGCUGGACAUCAGAAGAAAAUUAUCACAAGUAUUCAGGAGAUGAGAGUCCUAAUGAACAGCACCAACUCUACUGUAAACAUCUGAUGCAUAUGUCCAGGCAUGCACACACAUCAGACAUCCAUAUGGGCACAUGAGUUAAAACUAAUAUAUGGACCUAGCAUGUAAUCAAAAAACUGUUGGACCUAGAACGGCUUAGCACUUUCUCGAGACAAGGAAAUCCUAAGUUCUAUGGAUCUACACUUGAUGAUCCCCGUUUUGGUGAGUUUUGUGUGUGGAGCUCGUGAAGAUAUAUUACAGUGCAGAGCUAAAACCAAACUGAACUGAACUGGACUGAAUGGUGCUAUGCGAAGGACUGAAGGAGGCAAACGAAGCUGCGUGUAAAGGAUGUUUUUCAUUUGACUUUUCACCAAUAUUCUGGAUUCUCCGGAUUGCUACUGUUUGGAUUCUCUCAGAUCAAACUAGAAACAAAGAUUUGGCCAUUUUUUGGCUGUACCACAUUGAAAGUUUUCAUAAAGUGGGCUCAAAAUGGAACUUUUUAAUCUGUCUCAGGUUCUGUUCAGACCUGGUCUGAACAGAACGCAUUCACUAGCCAUAGCUUUGGACGUACACUACCUUUUACAAGUCACUGAAUUGAAAAGAAAAUCUCAGGCAGGGCAAAAUCAAUAGACUAAGAGCAUAAUUAUUAUGAGUGUGAGCUGUUGGUUUAGCAUAACAAUCUUGGUUGUUUUUCUGUAUCUGAAAGGUCUUAAUGCUACAAAAGAGUUUUGCUGUAUGAAUCUUUGACAAAUCAGCAAAAGAAAAAGCGAUGGAUUAAAGAUGAGAAACUUUAUGAUAAAGUCAAAGUAAGACAAUUACAUAGGCAACAAAUGAGCCUUCUUUGGGCAUGUGGAUACUCUACUAGAAAUGUUCUUUUGCCUGAAUGUAAAACACUGAAAGAAUGUGGCAGUAACCUUUCUGGUCAGAGAUUGUAAAACAUUUGGCUAACAAGCCUAAAAGUCUUUGAAGACUUAUAGUUUCCUUUACAAAUCAAGUAUUUAUCAAUAUCCAGCCAAUAACUGUAAUCUUUAAUUGGUUUACUUUGAAAAUCAGCUAAUUCACAGCUGCAUGUUUUAAUGAAAUUGUUACUCAGAUACAGCGUUUUUUUGCAAGCUCUAGCCAUAACAGCAUACAUAAUUUGCAUAUCUUCAAACCAUAUUAGAAUUUUUCACAGGCAAACAAGAACUGUUGCUCAUUGUUUGCUCAGAAGUACUCUGAAGAAACAGAGAGAAAUCUCAUUCCUGGUAAUAUGUGGAGUAACUUAUUCCUUUUAGGAGUUUCAUGGAAAGUUCUGAAAAUGCUCACUGAAAUAAUUAAUAUUUUGUGUUUGAACUGCCUGUCAUAAUCUGUGUGACUUGUUCACAAAGGAGUCUAAUGAAUCUAAUGGGAUCUUUAUUGGUGUGAAACCUUUACAAGAUCCCCAUGCAGCCUUCACUAGUCAAGAGUGCAUUUAGUGGUCUUUACCAAGCCUUCACUUAGAAACAGUAACCUUCAGGUACCACAGAAAAUACUCAGUUAUCUCUUCAGUUCACCACGCAGCAGAGUAUCUUUUCCACGCUUGUGUGCCACACCGCAGUAAACCUCACUCUGACAGGGCUGCUGUAAAAAACUCAAACAAAAAAAACAACAAAAACAGAAGGCAGUAUUGAUGAACUUGAUAAUCAUUUACGUAUUUGUACUUGUUUCAAAAAAUUGUGGACAGUUUGUUUUGUUAUUGUGCUUUUUUGUGGACUACUGAGCAGCUCCGCCUACAUGUCUUUCAUGUAAAUAAUGUAUUAUACCUUUAAAGCAGGGAUCAUUGUUCUUUUUUCUGCCAUCAUGUGGACAGCUUGACAUUGAUUCCACAUGUCAGAGCAGGUAAACGAUGAUAGAUACUAUGAAGCUGCAUUUCUGGGUGGGGGCUAACAGCACACUUAUGUCCUACCGGGGGUUUCAAAAAUGAUGUGCAGAAAAAGCAAAUUGAUUCAUUUUUGUUGUAGGUGGUUGUUUUAUUUAAAGUUCCAAUAGAAGGCAGAUGAAUUUUUUUACAACGCCUAUACUUUUGCUUCUGCAAGCACGUAAUAGGUUUACACAUGGACUGAUGGAUUUUUCUUCUGUUGUCUGGUUUAAAAGUAAAUGAUGUCAGUAAUUAGUCAAGCCUGUGCUUUACUUCUUGUCAGUAUGGAAUAAUUUCAGUGUGAGUUAUUACUAAAACUUGACCCCUUUGACUACAGUGUCCACAUCAGCAAAAAGUAUUCUCACUAUAUCUAUGUUUGCAGGUGACUUAAUUCUAUAUUUCCUUGUCCUUUUACUGUAAAGCGUUGGUAUAAAGUUAGGCAAAAUGAGAUAUUUCUGUUUAGAGGUGCUUUUACUUGACCAUAUGAAAGCACACAGCUAGAAUGUAAGGUUUUAAAGGGGUGGAGCAUGUUUAGCUUUUGAACACUUAAACCCUUGCUCACAGAUCAACACGAGUCAAGUGUUGAUAGUGGUAAAUUGAGGACUUACUGCUGUAAAAGUCUGUUGAUUGAAUGUAAGAGGGGUUGUUUCACAUUUGAAGUUCUGCAAGAGUUGGUAAAAAUGGUCCAAGUAAACGUUUAAUUACAUGAAGCAUCUGCAUAGUCUCUUUAGUCUGCUUAUCAGAUGUGUAGCUUUUGUCUUGUAAAUUUAAUGUCUUUCAAUAUAGUUUUAAUUUAUUGGAAUCUUUCAAAUUAAACAAUUUCUUUCUUUUUUUAUAACAGCAGUUAAAUCUUUUUAUUUUGAGAAAAUACAAGAAAUGCAGUAAACGCACACUCGUAGACUACAGUGGCUAUGCAGAUUUGUUUACUAUAAUGCAUCUACAAACAGGAGUGUUGAAUAUCUUAAAUCAAAAUGUAAUCUUUUCAGAUGUUGUACAACCACUCUUUCCGGCUUAAUUUUCAACUUAAAAUUCCACGCGUGGUGCAUGAACAAUUGAUGAGUAAUACAGCCUUAUAAGUGCCUCGCAUCUUCAAAGCACUGUUGUUUCCUCUCAUGUCAAACUACUAUGUCCUAUUUGUGCCCCAACUCUGUAAAAUAUUCAUUCUUUGCCAACAAUGUCUACAGGUAAUAAGAAGAAUGUCAGACAAUGUGUAUGUUGGAACUAAUUUAAUUUGCACUUUAUGAGAAAUUUGUCUUUUUCUUUGAAUACAAAGUCUAUAGGUGACUUACCUUUUAGUUGUUUUCUUGAUUAUUUACUUUGUAAUCUAUUUCCUGAUGAUUAUUAUAUCACUUCAUACUGUCAAUGCUUCCUGGACAUACAAGUUGACAGCUAAGCACAAAGAGUUGGUAAUAUUUUUUAAAGAAAUUAAAGCUAUGGAACUGUUGAUAUAUAGAGCACCAUUUUUUUGUGUAUAGCAUAUCACACCUUCAUGAUACAAGCACAGGGUUUUCCAAAAACCUGUUUAGACUGUAUGUGGGUAAUGACUUUUUAUAAAAGAUCAUUACCUCAAGUUCCUGAUGUCAGCAAACUUCUUCCAGGCAUUUUGUCUCCAACAUUUUUGAAUUAUUGCCGCAAUGUCACAGGCAAAGCUGAAAAAAGUUUUAAAUGGGCAUAUAGAGCUGCGCUGUUAGGAUGAUGGGUGUUGAUCUGCAAAUAAGUUUGUUAGUAAUUUCUCUCUGCAAUUGAAAUAUUGUAGUUCUAUAGCUGCUGGAAGACAAAAAAAGACACAAAUCCAGGAAUUGCUUCUGAGUAAGGGUUAAAUUCAGUAUGAUUUAACUGACCUUGUAGGUUUGCAAUAGGUAAUUAUUUACCAUAAAUGUAUCAAACCUAAAUUUGGAACCUGAAAAUUCCCAAAUAUAAAGUCUAUGAUUUCAUUUCCAUAGGAAUAGGAAGCUCUUCUAAUUAUACAAAUAUGGGAUUGGUGGAGUGCCUGAAAGAAGGUUAAAUGUGAGGUGCAACUAGAUUAUGGUAAAUGUGCAGAAGCAAUAAUUAUGACUAAUAUCAGGAAAAAUACAUCUGGAUACACAGAGACAUGGGGAUAUAACCACAAUAAGAUUGCACUAACAUCUGACUAGUUUUAAUACUUGAACAUCGUGAAGAAAACAGUGUCCACAAACCUCCAAAAUAAAGGAGUGAGGUUACAUCAGGGAACAGGGUUAUUGUAGUACCAGUAAAAGCAUUCUUUCUGUUUUAAUGGCUGCAUUUGAAUUCCUUGCCGGGCGGUCCCGUUUAAAAUGAAAUUUCUUUCUGCUAAAUCUUUAUAUUAGGAUAGUAAAUCAAGUUAAAUGCUGUGUAAGACGUGCUUCUGCUAGGCAGGAUGUUUGAAAUAUACUGGAACUGGAUUGGUAUUUUUUAGUGACCAACUUUAUCAUGGCAACGACUAAUGAGGUGGGUGGCUAAGUAGUUUGUACCAUGUAAGGAAAGAAUGUGGUAAAAAAAAAUAGUGUGGGCUAAAGAAACAGACCCACCCACUUCAUGUAUUGUUCUCAGGAAGUGGAACAUGGGUACGUUCUGUGUGGUCAUUGGGGGAAAAUGUGCAGCUUUCUUUCAAAGUGUACAAAAACAGGUAUGUGCUCAUGAUAUCACAGAUCAUCGAUUAUAUUAUGAGUAACUCACGCAUUAUGGUUUUGAACAACUGAAUAACUGUUGUGAUUCAUUGAAAGCACAGUAAAAAAUACUUUGCUGUUGAUGUGCUAUUGGUUUGUCUUGACAAUUGUAUUGUGUAUUAUGUUUGUGUUGAUGUUUUUGUAGUGUCCUAUCAAAUUCUAUAUUUUUGCAAUAAAACUUGGAAGAAAAUGAA